AUGACCAGCUCCACUGUAGUGGGCGCCACCCUGCCUGGAGAGUUUCUAGUACGCCUUCGGAGGCAGUCAGGCGGCUUGGGUUUCAAGCUUUUGGGUGGAGCUGAGGAGGGAACUCCGCUGCUUCUUUUUGUGCGUAUUCGGGCUCGCGCAGGUGACCUCCUCGACACGCUCUCUAUCGGUCCACUGGUUCCUGGCGGUGUUGCGGAGAAGUCGGGGAUGAUCCAAACUGGCGACCAUCUGGUCUCCGUCAACGGUGAGCGCGUUGUUGGUGCUCGUCAUCGUUGGGUGGUACAGUUGCUGGAGCAGAAUGCUGCCUGCACGCACUCCGAAGUAGUUCUUGGUCUCUGGAGACCAACGGAGACUGCACAAAAGUUGUGGCCUCCGCCCUCUGGUUUGAGACAGCACUCUGACGGUGGUUUUCCUGCCGACCAGUCCUCCUCGGCAUCAUCCGCGUCAUCGUCGGUAGUGUCCGGUGCGCGCCAGUGUUAUUCUUCUCUGCUGAUUCUCCUCUUCCUUGCUGGCAGUGGCGGAAACUGUGGGAAUAUUAUUAUUGCCAGAAGGUCAUGUCAACGCAUACAUUUCCCCCUCCUCUCCCAUGCAGCCCGUCUUGUGCCUGGGAGCCCCGCAGAUCGUUCUCGCCAGCUGCAAGUUGGUGACCUCAUUCUAUCCAUCAACGGCGUGAAUAUUGCCGGUCUCAGGCGCGAGGACAUUGUGCGUCUCAUUCGUGAUAGCGGUUGCCAGGUUGCUCUCAGCGUUCUUUCCCACAGCAGCUGUAAGUUCAUUAUGCCAUCUGGGCUCUGA